AUGCUUGCAUCCUGGCGACCCUCCCGCAGGCCCCCUCCCCCCACUCCAGCAUCUCCCGACGACCGCCCGCGUUCCUCACAACGCGUCACGGCACCGCUCUCGACGCCCCAUGACGCUGUUCUGUCCGAGCUGCUAGGACUGCCGAAGAUAAGCAUAGACGGAACCACGAGCUCCUUCUAUCGUUCCGAGCGCACGGCCACGCCUCUCAGGCUGCAGGGCUGCGCUCGACGUCCGCCAGUCCAACUCUGCACACGAUCCGUCUAUGAACCCUUCACUGGCGCCCUCGCUGGCCUCUGGGCCCACCUGUCGCGCAUUCGCGAACUGCAGAGUGAAAUUGCGGGGAUGCACCUGCAAAUGGAAGGCAUCGGGUCGAGCGAUGCUCGGAGCGCGAGACGUGCUGCGGGUGCGACGAGGCGUGCGACAGAAGAGUGGGACGAUCCGGGCGAGGCGGAGGAGCAGCGCAACGCCGCGCGCGAUGCAGAGUUCGCCACCCUUGCUGAGACGUUCAGGGGGCGGCGCGCGGCGAUAGAUGGGAUUAUGGGCAAGCUUGACGACUAUCCCAUGCCUUGACCACAUUUCACGCACUACCUACGCCCGUCAUGGACUUCGCCAGCGGCCGGAGCAAUACCAAGGACUCUGGAGCGAGGCCGCAACCUCUCGAUGCGUCAUUUCCAGGCAAGAUGCCGUGCUUCAGGACGAGUAUGAACCCGAGCCUGUAUUCCCUGAAAGUCCUACCUCCGAUGCACCCUCACACGUUGCGGACCCUUAGCGCAUCUCUGCACGUUCAGUGCGCUUGUACUCAGGGAUAAUAUGCUAUCAUAGUACCGGACCUUGCCUCCUCUUCGUACUUGCCUUAUAAAUCUCGGCGUGCGGCAUAAACCAGCUAAUACGCCCAGCAAGCCAUGGUGUCUGUGCCCUCUAAAGGCGCCAGAGACUCGUACGCAACUUUCCCUGUGGUCUCACGCUCGUAUCUCUGGCUAUGACUCAUGCGGACCUUUGGUGAUCGGGAUUUACGCUGAACUAGGUACUGAACACCGUCUUGCCACCGAC